UGUUAAUCAGCCGCUUGUGUUUACCUCUGAAGUCUGGACUGGAUAGGGGAUAGCUAGCUAAACCACAAUUCAGACACAGGCAAGAAAAAAACUUCUCCGGAAAUGCAAAUACAACAUUUUUUGUUUUGAAUCCUACACAGGUUUCUACGGGGCCGUUAGGUGUAGAAACUAGGACAAAGGACCGAUGAAUAAAGAGAUGACGUCGCGCGUGGUGAAGAAGCGUCUGGCGGACCCCAAAGUGGUCCAGUAUGUGUGGGCCGCCAUAGAGGUCAUCCGCAAUCAGAAGCAAAUCGCCAACAUGGACAGAAUUUCAAAGUACCUGAGUCGGGUUUUCGGGAUGCACCCGAAGGAGACUGCUCGACAGCUGGCCCUGGCGGUGAAGGACGGGCUGGUGGUGGAGACGCUCACCGUGGGCUGCAAGGGCUCCAAGGCCGGCAUCGAGCAGGAGGGGUACUGGCUGCCCGGGGACGAGACGGAGCCGCUGACUGAAGGAAGCAAGCUGGCACAGAAUGAGGACUGGGAGACGGAGAGCCACGACUGGUACUGCUUCCAGUGCCAUCUCCCCGGCGACGUGUUGCCGUGCGACAGCUGCUUCCGCGUCUACCACCUCAAGUGCCUGUCCGAGCAGCCCUGGGACAGCGCCUCCUCCUGGCAGUGCCUGUCCUGCAAGGGCAGUAAAAAGAAGAACUUGAGCAAACAGGAAAUGAUCAAAUACCUGCGGUUUAUCGUGCAGAGGAUGAAGGAGAGGGCCGUGGACCUGAACAAAAAAGGCAAAGACACCAAGCACCCCAUGUACAGGCGGCUAAUCCACACGGCGCUGGAUGUUUCAAACAUACAGGAGAACCUCGCCGAGGGAAAGUACAAGAGCUUCGACGAGUUCAAGGCGGACGCCCAGCUGAUCGUGCACAACACCGCCAUUUUGUUUGGAGUGCACAGUGACCAGGCAGAAAUCGCCAGAUUGCUGUACACAGACACCUGCCAUGAGCUUGACGAACUCCAGCUCUGCAGAACCUGCUUCUACCUGUCGAACGCACGACCGGACAACUGGUUCUGCUACCCCUGUACUCCCAAUCACGAGGUGGUUUGGGCCAAAAUGAAGGGCUUCGGCUACUGGCCCGCAAAGGUCCUGCAGAGGGAGGACAAUCAGGUGGACGUCCGCUUCUUCGGCCACCAGCACCAGAGAGCGUGGAUCCCGGCGGAUAACAUCCAGGACAUCGGGGUGAGCGUGGCGCAGCUGCAGGUGAAGCGGAGCAUGGGCUGGAAGAAGGCCUGCGAGGAGCUGGAGCUGUACCAGCGCUUCCUGCGCGAGGGGAGGCUGUGGAAGGGCCGCGUGGGCGAGGAGAAGCUGGAGAGCGCGGAGGAGCCGGAGUCCAGCAUCUCCUCCACCAGCAACGAGCAGCUCAAGGUGAACCAGGAGCCCAAAGCUAAGAAAGGACGUCGCAGCCAAGCCCCAGAGCCCAAAGAGGAGGAGCCGGAGCCUGAAGUGGAGGCGGUCAGCUCCAGCCAGGAGAUCCCCAGCGCGCCCCACCAGCCCGAGAAGCUCUCGGUCUCCACCCAGACCAAAAAGGCCAGCGCGUCCUCGCCCCGCACGCUGCACCGCUCCACCCAGACCAGCAGCGACGGCGCCUGCCAGAACAUGUGCCACGAGAAGUACACCAAGAUCUUCAGCGACGUCAAGGAGAUGAUGAAGGCCGAGAACAAGCGCGAGACCGAGCGGGUGGUCCGGGAGGCGCUGGAGAAGCUCCGCUCGGAGAUGGAGGACGAGAAGAGGCUGGCGCUCAGCAAGGCGGUGUCCGGCGCGCAGGCGGAGAUGGACAGGAAGUGCAAGCAGGUGAAGGAGAAGUGCAAGGAGGAGCUGGUGGAGGAGGUGAAGAAGAUGGUGGCGCAGCACAAGCAGCUCCUCUCUCAGACCAAGAAAAAGCAGUGGUGUUAUAACUGUGAGGAGGAGGCCAUGUACCACUGCUGCUGGAACACCUCCUACUGCUCCAUCAAGUGCCAGCAGGAGCACUGGCACGCCGACCACAAACGCACCUGCCGCAGAAAGAGAUGAACGCUCCGCCCCCCUCCUCCAAGCCCCGCCCCCAGCCCCGCCCCCCCUCCUCCAAGCCCCGCCCCACAACCCCCAAACACGGUGCAGAAGAGCUCCGCCCACCUGCUUCCUGUCCAAUCCCACACCAGACUCUACAACACUCUGGUGAACCGGACUGACCAGUGCACAGAGCGACCACAUUUAUAUUCUCUCUCUCUCUCUCUCUCUCUCACCAUCUUUCAUGUUUGCUUUGUCUCUCUUUUAUACUCUUUUCCUUUUCCAUUCUCUCUCUCUCUCUCAUUCUCACUCUUGCUUGGUAGCUCUUGCUCGCCAUCCCGUGUUUUCAUUCGUCUCUCACUUUCAUUCUCUCUCUCUCUCUCUCUCUGUUUCUCUCUCUCAUAUAUAUGAGAUAUGCGCAUUGUGCUGAAUUCAUUUCAGAAGCAUUUUCUGAAUUUGUGUAAGGGGCAUGACACACAUGCACAGUCUGGAGAGUUUUUCUUGUUUUCUUUUUUUUACCGUAGUGCUAAUUUUACCUUUUGUUGGAGAAUGUGUUAUUUAAGUCUUGUAGCCAACGAUGAGCAUAAACUAAAAUACAUUUUAUUACUUCGAUUUUUUAAUCACUUUUCUUACUGUAAAUUGCUAACAAACAAACACACAACGAAAGAGUGUGCGGACGUUGAUCUUAAAAUAUAUCGCUAUCGCAGCAGUAAAUCGCUUUCAUAGGAAAAAUGUCGAGAAAAAGAACGCUGAUGCGGAUUUUAAAAAGUUUAAAAAUUGAAAAUUGUUUUAGGUGUAAUAACGUAGCCCAUUGACGUUUCCGUGGUGAUUUUAUCAUGUAAAUUUCCAGAUGACUAUCACCCUUUUAUUGGUUUUUAUCCUUUUUGUCUUAAAUUGUCCUCGUCAUUGUUGGGUACAGGGUUAUGAAGUCAGGUGUUCAUCCUGACCAAAAAUAAAUAAAUCUUCCGUUUAUUAUACACAUUUUGGGUUGAAAUAUACUGUAAAUUUUAUUGGGGGGGGGGGGAGGGAUGGGGGGGGUGAUUUGCUCUUUUAGGCUAAAAUUCUGGGGAAUGUAGAGGAUUCUUUGCUGAGCUGGAUCUUAGAGAGGAUUUGGUCAUUGUUUUAUGGUUUGCACAUGAAAAUUUCUUUUUUUUUUCUUAACCCAAAUGCUUGUAUAAAUUGCCAAAUAGUAUGUUUGUCCUACCUGUCUUAACAGAAAAAGUAAUUUUUUUUUUUUAACCGUUAUUUUUCUUUACUUUGCCCCGUCAUUGCUUUUGUGGUGUGCUUGCCGUACGUUCGAUUCGCUAAAGCAUCUCGUCGCUUCGGACUUCCUGUCGUAGUUGGCGACACGAUACGCCGCGCAUUUUCCAAAUCACCGCCAUCACACUCUGAACGAAGAGAACUGCAUGUGGAUUAACGUCAAAAAAACAGAAUUAAAGAAGAAAAAAAAUUAAGCUAAAGCGUAGUUUCUGGUUCGCAGAACAAACGGAAAUGGAUGGACGGAUAUAAAAUAUAUCUGAAUAUAUGAAAAUGUCGUGCAUUUUGUUUCUUUUCCUCCUGACUGUUUGGGUUUAUGGUGUACGGGGACAUUUGAAUGGUUGUCCAGGCCCCGAUUUGUACAGGUAAAGAAAAGUGGUGUAGAAAUUGCCAGGUUCAUGUGUAACUAAAUUAACAAACAGAAAGAAACUAACUGUCCAUGGCUAAUGCAGCAGAAUUGUAUGUAUUAAUUUUUUUUAUUUCUUUCAUAGGAAAUUGAGAGGUUAUUCAAGUGGCUACCCAGAGAUCCUGCUUUUAUUUAUUUUUGCCAUCUUUCUUAAAGCAUUGUACACUAGUAGUUGGUCAUCGUACGUUGUGGAAAAUCAGUUCUCUAUCUUGAUGUUGAAUUUUCCCUCCUGAAGAAAUCCGUCAAAUGAAUCAUGAAUUUUAAUCCUUUUUUUUUUCUUUAAAAAAGAAAAAAAAAGAAAAACAUGUCUGGUCUUCCUUGGACACCCUUUCUCACUUUUUUUCUUUUUGUAAUUGGUGCCGUGUGUGUGCCUGUGUGUAAAUAAACCUUAAAGUGUCUGACAACUGUACAGCAAGAAAGCCUUAGUGUGGAAUUGUGGGAUACUUCCUGUUAUGGCGUGAGCUGCAGUUUCUUGGCAAAAUAUGCAAACAUCACAGUGAUGCUUUGGACCCAAUCCUAUAUAAAAAAAAACCCUUCGCUGAUACAUUGCAGGUUAUUUCAAGGCCUGUGAAUCCAGCACACCACAGAAUAUUUUAUAUUUGUCCAUCCCUGUAAAAACGAGCAUUUGUGAUAUUUUCUAGUGGAAAUAUUUUGGUGUCAUCAUUCCGGUUUUUUGUACAAUAUGUUCGAUAUCUGCAUGACGGUAAAGAUGUGCAUUUCAAUUUCUUAUUUUUUUCCAUGGCAUAGUUGCACUUCCUGAAAUAAUGCAAUAUGAUUUUUUUUAAUUUUUUUUUUUUUUUAAAUAUUGUUGUGAAAAAGUUAAUUUACCUCACUGCUUAACUGAUACACCACGAUUCACGUCUCUCAAGAGAAGUGUAAUGAACUAAAAUGGAGAAUGGUUCUUCAGCCGGGUUGGCGCUUUCUCUAUCCAUGUGUGUACGCUUGCUGUGGCUUACUAUCCUCGCACACGUUUAUGCAGGUUUUUUUUUCUUUUUCUUUUGCUUUUGUUUGCUUUAGCUUAGCGAGAUGUUGUACUUCUAUGUGCUAACAUGGACAAUAAAUGUAUCUGCAGCCGAA